GGCCAGCGGGCCUGGCGGUGGCACGUGGCUGUGUUUGUGUAUGUGCUGCUCCCGCAGGGAGGAGAAACGCCCCGCAGCUGGGGUGAGGCCCCUGGGGCGCGGCCCGGGCUGGGGCGCUGCGGCGAGAGGCCGGCCCCCUGGCCCCGGCAAUCUAAAUUCUCCCGCACUCGGGUAGGCUGCGCACUCUUACCUGCCAGUCCGCGGCGCCUGGCUCGCCGCUCUGCGCUCCCCAGACGUCCUGUCCUCGGCUGUAGGCGGAAGAUGCUGUUGCUUGAUUGCAACCCAGAGGUGGAUAGUCUGAAGCAUCUGCUGGAGGCCGGGGCCUCGGUCAACGCACCCCCGGAUCCCUGCGAGCAGUCGCCUGUCCAUUUGGCCGCAGGUGGGGGCCUGGCUUGCUUGCUUCUGUGGCAGCUGCAAACUGGCGCUGACCUCAACCAGCAGGAUGUCUUUGGAGAGGCUCCGCUACACAAGGCAGCAAAAGUUGGAAGUCUGGAAUGCCUUAGCCUGCUUGUAGCCAGGGAUGCCCAAAUUGAUUUAUGUAAUAAGAAUGGACAAACAGCUGAAGAUCUUGCUUGGGCCUAUGGAUUUCUAGAAUGUGCCAAGUUUCUUACAACAAUUAAAUGUAUGCAGACAAUAAAAUCAAGUGACCGAUCCGAUAGAGAUGAUUGUGUUCCAGUGCUCAGACAGAAACGAAGCUUCGGAAGUGUAGAAAAUACGACUGGAAAAAGGAAGUGUUGAGCCCAAGAUGUCCCAAACAUUUUACCGAUCAUGACUGGAGUUCCUUCAGUCUCGAAGUGAUUAGCCAGCUCCCGUCCUCGAGAGGCCAUUUCACAACCUUGGCUAGAAAGAAACCAUUUUCCAUCAGAUGAAUGAUUUCUCACACUAAGGUCCAAUAAGGAGUUUGGGAGCCAGUGUUUUCUACCGUUUUGUUUUCUUUUUUGGUUAUUGAAAAAAAACCAUGAUAAAUUUAAAUAACAUUAAGUGGUAGGUAACUGACUUGAGAGCAACCAAAAGCACCAUAACCUUUCAAAGUAUUUAAGGCCACUUAAGACCUUGCUUCUUUGCUUCUGGAACUGCACAACGAAGGAUUUUUAAGGGAAGAGUGAAAGUGGUCACCUUGAUGACCACAGGGCUCUUAUGGGUGGAUUUAAUGUCAGAAGAAUGAGUUUUAAGUCCUGGGUUCUUGUCUUCUUACCAUCAGACUCAGUCUCCCUCCUCAUCUUUAGACUGGAUCCCAUCACCCCUGCCCUGUCUACGUGACAGGAGAUCUGGACUAAAAUAGACAAGAUCUGUGAAGCCAGAGUGAAAACUGCAAAAUGUUUUCAAGUAUGACAUAUUAUUUUAGGGACUAUUUCAAUGUCCUAUACAAUUUGUACUUUGGAGAAGAGAGAAAGCUGGCCAGAUGAAGGGACAUCUUUUUUUGGAUUGGAGGUCCCAGCUGGUAGCUAAUUCUAAGCUCUUGCUUAGUAAGGAACGUGUAAGGUUUUGAUGUGCCAAAACGUUCCCUUUGCAAUCAUCAUGUGCUUCACUAUUUAAUCGAUCAUUUAUUUGUUAGCUCUGGUUUCCACAGGCGGUCUAAACUGUAGCUGUGAAAUCAGACAUUCUGGGACAUAAGCACAUGGACAAAAGAGGGUAAUAUAUCUAUUGAGGUUACUGUAAUAGAAAAUGUAUUUAAAACAGAAGUUCACUGAUAAGGAAUAACCUCUUAUUUAAUAUUAGCUCAUAUUUUAUUUUUAUUUUUUAAAGAUUUAUUUAUUUAUUAUUACUUUUUUGAGAUUUAUGUAUUUAAAGAGAGAGACUGAGUGAGAGAAUUUCCCAGGGUGGAGCCUGACCCAGCACUCGAUCCCAGGACCCUGCAAUCAUGACCUGAUAUUUGCUCAUAUUUUCAAGCUAGAAUUAUGGCUAAACUGCAUUGGGAAAAAACGAAUAUAUUAUUUGGACACAUUAUUAGUUUACUGACAUUUUAAGAAGAAAAAGGGCAGGAGGUACACAAAAAGGGCAGUCAUAGAUCAACAUCUGAAUUUCUCCCUUCAAGAUAUUUUAAAGAGUUGAGGAUAAAGAAAAAAGUUGAUUUUCUGUAACUCAGUCACAGCUGAC